AUGAGAAGUGCCAACCAAAGCUGCUUCUGGGACACCCCAAAGGACUUCAUCCUCCUGGGCAUUUCUGACAGGCCAUGGCUGGAGCUCCCAGUCUUUGUGGUCCUCCUGGUGUUCUACAUUCUGGCUGUGCUUGGAAACAUCUCCAUCAUCCUGGUAUCCCAGCUGGAUCCCCAGCUUCAGAGUCCCAUGUACGUGUUCCUCAGCCACUUGUCCUUCCUGGACCUCUGCUACACCACCACCACCGUCCCUCAGAUGCUGUUCAACAUGGGCAGCUCCCGGAAGACCAUCAGUUACGGGGGUUGCACCGUGCAAUACGCCAUUUUCCACUGGCUGGGCUGCACCGAGUGCGUUGUCUUGGCUGCCAUGGCUCUGGACCGCUACGUGGCCAUCUGUGAGCCACUCCGGUAUGCUAUCAUCAUGCACCGCCCACUCUGCCAGCGGCUGGUGGCUACAGCCUGGCUCAGCGGCUUCGGCAACUCCCUCGUUCAGGUCAUCCUGACUGUGCAACUGCCUUUCUGUGGCCGGCAGGUGCUGAACAACUUCUUCUGCGAGGUGCCAGCCAUGAUCAAGCUGUCCUGUGCUGAUACAACCGCGAAUGAUGCCACACUGGCUGUGCUGGUGGCCUUCUUCGUGCUGGUCCCUCUAGCCCUUAUCCUCCUCUCCUAUGGCUUCAUUGCUCAGGCAGUGAUGAGGAUCCAGUCCUCCAGGGGGCGGCGCAAGGCCUUCGGGACUUGCUCUUCCCACCUGCUGGUGGUCUCCCUCUUCUACCUGCCCGCCAUCUACAUGUACCUGCAGCCUCCGUCCAGCUACUCCCAAGAGCAGGGCAAGUUUAUCUCCCUCUUCUAUUCUAUAAUCACGCCCACCCUUAACCCUUUCAUCUACACCUUGAGGAAUAAGGACGUGAAGGGAGCUCUCGGAAGACUCCUGGCAAGGACCGGGAGGCUGUGUGGAAGGUGA